AUGCCCGUCGUCAAGGGUGGUGUGUGGACCAACAUCGAGGAUGAGAUCCUCAAGGCUGCCGUCUCCAAAUAUGGCCUGAACCAAUGGGCCCGCGUGUCUUCGCUGCUCGCGCGCAAGACACCCAAGCAGUGCAAAGCUCGAUGGAACGAGUGGCUCGACCCCAGCAUCAAAAAGAUCGAAUGGAGCAAAGACGAAGAUGAAAAGCUUCUGCAUCUCGCCAAGAUUAUGCCCACCCAGUGGCGCACUAUCGCUCCCAUCGUCGGUCGCACCGCCAACCAAUGCCUCGAGCGAUACCAAAAGCUGCUCGACGAGGCCGAAUCCCGCGAAUCAUCCGCACUUGGAUUGAUGGGCCCUGAUGGCGGCGAAACCCAGGCGCCCAGCGCUGAUGAUGUUCGGCGACUGCGACCCGGCGAGCUGGACCCCGACCCCGAAUCUAAACCUGCUCGACCAGACACCAUUGACCUCGAUGAAGACGAAAAGGAAAUGCUGAGCGAGGCCAGAGCCCGUCUUGCCAAUACACAGGGCAAAAAGGCCAAGAGAAAGGCUCGAGAGCGUCAGCAGGAAGAGUCACGACGAAUGGCAACCCUGCAAAAGAGACGCGAGCUUAAGACGGCCGGUAUCAAUAUCAAGGUCACGACACGCAAGAAGGGCGAAAUGGAUUAUAAUGCCGAUAUUCCAUUCGAGAAAAAGGCAGUUCCCGGGUUCUAUGAUACGACAGACGAGAAGAACCUCAACGAGGCACAGCUCAGAGCUUUCGAUCCUCAAAAGCAGCUCGCUGGCAAGCGCAAGGGUGACGAAGGCGAAGACGGCGAGAGAAAAAAGCGAAAAGGCGACAAGGAGACUCCAUCUGAUACACAAAAAGCUGCUAUCAAGGCCGGUCAAAUGCAAAAAAUACGAGAAGCAGAGCAGCUCAGCAAGCGACGCGCACUGAAUCUGCCUGCGCCCCAGGUCAGCGAAGGCGAACUCGAGGAUAUUGUCAAAAUGGGCAAAAUGGGUGAGGCUGCCAAUACCAGAGCCCGGCAAAGCGAAAAUGAUGCCACGCGUGGUUUUGUCAACACAUACUCUACUCUAAAUAGCGAAACACCGAUCCGCACACCCAGAGCGCCCGAGCAGGAAGAUCACAUUGCAAACGAAAUUCGAAACAUUCGAGCGCUGAACGAUACCAAGUCUGCCCUCCUUGGCGGGGAAAACACUCCUCUCUACGAAGGAGCGAGCUCGACUGGAUUUGACGGCAUUGCUCCCAGAAAACAGACGACAGCCACGCCUAACCCAAUGGCUACGCCAAUGGCAACCAACGGUGUCGGCGCCACUCCUGGUCGCCACGGCCAAACACCAAUGAGGACUCCUCGUGAUACGUUUGCGCUGAAUCGUGACAGUGGAAUGUCAGUUGCUUCGGCGACACCACAAGAUAUCAGAAACCGAGAACAAUCUAUGCGCCAUCAGCUGCGAUCGGGCCUGGCCGCGCUACCCAGGCCCAAGGAUAUGGACUUUGAGCUGGAGCUUCCUGAAGAGCAACCCGAGCUCAUGACUGCAGAGGAGCGACAAGAAGAUGCUGCAGAUCGAGAUCGUCGAGCACGGGAACGACAGGCAGCCAUCGAGGAGCUUGAACGUCGACGCAGGACGCAAGUCAUGCAACGUGACCUUCCACGAGCACUUGUCGUCGAUGUAUCGGCUUUGCUGAAAAACGCUAGCAGUCUAGAAGACGAAGCCGAGUCGCUAAUUGCUCAGGAAGCAGCUGUUUUGAUAGCCAAUGACGCGACUCAGUUCCCUCUGCCCGGAUCACAGGUCAAGGGAGCUGCGAAGCCGCUCCCUCACAUUGAUGAUGACGCGCUGGCUGAUGCGCGUCUUCUCAUAAUGUCGGAGACGAAGAAGCUGCCAAGUUUCGAGAGCAUUCAGGCCGCCUUUGCUGGUCGUGCCGCCGAUGAUACCCUGUUGGGACUUGGCUGCUACGCCGACGCUGACGAGGAAGAGCAACAAAACGCCAUGAGAGCUUCUUUCCACAUUUGCGAGGACUCGAUCAUGUCUCUGGCCGAACACGGAGCCAAGCUUGAAAAGAAGCUGAGCCUCCAUCUUGGAGGUUACCAAAAACGCCAAAAGAUGCUCAAGGAUAAGACGGCCGAAGCGGCUGAAGCGCUGGAAAAGGCGCGCAUUGCGCUGAGCGGAUUCAAGACGCUAGCCAUCUCGGAGGAUGUCGCCAUUAACAGACGCCUCGAGUCCCUCCGGGAGGAGGUGGCCUUUGUCAGUCGUCGCGAGCGUGAGGCGCAGGAUAAUUAUCGCAGGGCAAAGGACGAGCUCGACACGUUAAUUGCUGCACGAGGUGCGAACGGAUACCAUUAUUAA